GUAUCGUUGGUGCGCUGUUGUUGGUUCUACCAUAUGUUUGUAAGUGUUUUUUAAUUUUUGUUACCCUCUUUGAAAAACGAUUUCCUUUUAUGUAUCUUAACUCUUUUUUCUUUUGUGGAGUAUCUGAGCCAAUUGAUCUCGGAAUUGCGAUUGAUGUUUCCGCACCAAUGAAGUACGCUGUGAAAGACGCAAAGAUUUUGGCUAAAAAACUUGUGAAAUCGUUCGAUAUUAUAGCGGAUAAGACCCAUGUGGCAGUUAUGGCAUUUGCUGAAGACAGUCAAUCGAUUUUUAGUUUUAAUUCUUUCAAUGACGCCGUACUAGAUAAGAAGAAUUUAAUAAGAAAGAUUAAUGCAGUAAAAGCCAAAAAGUCUGGUCCACGAUUUGAUUUGGCAAUGAAGUUUGCAAAUGACACCUUAUUCAGCUCGAAACACGGAAUGCGUAAAAAUAGUCGAAAAAUUUUUGUUAUGCUGUCGGAUGCUAGGCUUGAAGGUAGUAAAGAUGACCCUACGAUCGGAAAAGCUGUUCAGCCAUUAAAAUCCAGAGGAAUACUUAUUCAAAUAGUGGGUUUUAAGUGGUAUGAUCUGACACACAUGUUAAAAAUUGCCUCUGAAGAUUCCUUCAUUUAUGCACUUAAACACAUGAAGUCUGAUGAAAUUGUCAAAUAUAUUAAGGAGGAAUACUAACAAUAUGUCGCUUCAUUUGUCGGUUAUUUUAUUAUAUAUACAUAUUUUUUUGUAUCGUUCUACAAUAAUAUAUUUCCAAUUCUUUCUUAACGCUAUUAGACACGGGGAGGGGGGGGGAGACAGAUUCUGCCUCCCACUGCUGUUUUUUUAAUAACUCUUAUUUAUCAUGCUGCAUGGUUAUGAUACUUGUUGCGCUUUUAUAAUAACCUAUCAGGUACCUGCAUACCGAUUGCUCAGGUCACAUACUUAUAUAUUACUCGAAACUACCCCUAAACAUCUCUAUGAAAUCCUUAAGCCGGAAGAACAUAAAACUUUCGCUAGGAUUAUCCUUAUAACUUGAAGCUUAUAACUUAAAACAACACAAUUUAAUUUCAUCAAAUGAGAUCAUUCUGUAAAUUUCGGACUCGUGAAUAUUUUCUAAUAUUUUUCAGAUUUUAACCGAAAAUCGGGAAAGUCGAAAAGUCGGGCAAUUUUUGCCUUUUUUUCAUACGAAUUAUGUAAAACCUGGAAAACAUGUCAAAUAACUUUUUUGGCUGUCGGAAAAUUUUAACAGAAUGUAAAAAGGAUUACAGUAUUACACAGAUAGUGCUUUUUUCGACAAAUUUCAAGUCACAGAAAAAGUGCUGACUUAAGCAAAAAUCUAUUUCUACCAAUUUGUUGCUCUCAAGACGUACUAAAAGUGUCUCAAGUUUGAGUCAAUUUAGACAAGCCUAUCAACAAUUAUGUGAUCAUGUUAUGUUCGAAAAAACUCCGGACCAAAUAGGGUUAAUUUGUGUUUUUUUUAACAAGUAUAUAUACAGAAAUUAUUUGAUAUUUCAUUCUUUGUUUUUUUUCUUCUUCUAUAAUCACCAAAGUUUAUUUUUUUUAGAUUAAAACUAGUUGAUU